GACUUUUUAUAAUAUUAAUAUUUUGUCUUCAUAUCAACUGAAUAAAUCAUAAGAAUCUGAGAGCUACAUUCGAAAUGCAAAAGGUCAAUUUAACUGUUGGUGCUUUUUCGGUGCCAUUUGCUGAAGGAUUUGUUGAAGAAGACGAUCAAUUUGUUCCUAACUUAAAGUCUCUUAAACGAUUUGCAGCCAUUCUUACUGAUUAUGGCCCUUUCAACCUGAAAUUCAUUUUACCCGAGGAAGGACAAUUGGGAGUGCUAACAGAAACUGGUUAUCAUGAUGGAGUUUUGGGUCUAAUGCAAGAUGGCAAGGCUGAUAUGUGCUUUGUGCCAUUACCGUUGGAUACCCAAAAGGCUCCUGGUUAUUUCACUUCAGUUACAUCAGAAAUGGACUAUUACAUCCUAACGCGUCGUAAUUUGAAUGACCUUACAUCUGCUCUCAUUUCAAGCUUGACUUCAGUCGAAGCGAUUCCUUUAUUAUUGGCUGUUCUGGUCAUAUUAAUACUGUCAAACCUCCAAUAAUGUCACUUCGUGGGAUUAGCGUUUUGGCUAUUUUUACAUAAUUUCUAGGUGGAAUAGCCCUUUUACGAAUCUUAUUUAACAAAAAAAAUUAAUUUUUAAUUUAAUUUUGAGAUUUUUUAUGUUUAAUUGGGCAAUUCGUAUAAUAUACCCAAUUAAAACCAUUAUUGCAGU